UAAAAGUUGCAUUAUAUUCCGGGAAAUUGUUUCGUGCGAAGUAAUUUAUUUUUUAGUAUCAAGUAAUACUUAGCAAUAGCAAUAUGUUAAGAAUACUAGCACCACUUACUUUGUUUCUGGGUUUUAUUGGCAUUGGUGAUGCCCAGUAUAACAACUGUGAUUACCGUCAAUCAGUCAGAACAGGUCAAAAAUUUAGUAUAAACAGUCCUAAUUAUCCAAACAGUAACUAUGCACCGGGUUCAAAUUGUCGAUGGGUUUUUCAAGGUGAAAGUACCUUAAAAAUGAAUUGCACCAUCAAUAUACCACAGAGUAAUAAGUGUGAUUUGGAUGCACUUUCUGUUAAAUCUGAUGAUGAUCCAGCUCGUAGAUAUUGUGGCAGUGGUGGUUUGAAUGUUGCUUCUGAUGAAAACAAUCAAAUUAUUAUAACAAUAAAUUCAGCAAGGUCAUCUAGAGGUGGUCAAUUUUUAUGUGAUAUUGUUGCUGAUGCUGGAAAUGAAUGUCAAUGUGGCUGGCAAAAUCCUUCAAGAAUUGUGGGUGGAAAAGAGACUGGAGUUAAUGAGUAUCCAAUGGUUGCUGGUCUUGUUCAUCGUCAAAGAGGUGAAAUAAUUUGUGGAGCUACAAUUAUAAAUAAUCUUCAAGUGGUUACUGCUGCUCACUGUCUUUACGGUCAAAGUACAUCAGGUUUUCUUGUAGUAGUUGGUGAACACAAUACAGACACUGCAAAUGAAUCAAGUGCUACAAGAGUUUAUAAAAUUAGACAAUUGGUAACACAUCCGAAUUAUGAUCCUCGCAGAGAAAUAAAUGAUAUUGCAAUAAUUACGAUAGAUGGAGUGAUAGAAUUUAAUCAAUUUGUUGGACCAGUAUGUUUACCAUUCCAACAUUAUCGAGAUUCAUUUGCUGGUGCCCUCGUAAGCUUGUUAGGCUGGGGAACAACUGGAUUUGCAAGUGCUCCAUCAAGUGUAUUACAAAGUACAGAAGUCAGUGUGGUAACAAAUAAAGACUGUAGUAAUAGUUUCCCACAAGUUCAAAAUACACAAAUGUGUACUUAUGCAAGAAACAGAGAUUCUUGUCAGAUGGACAGUGGAGGCCCAGUUUUGUGGAAAAAUCCUUCAACAAAGAGACUUGUUCUUGUUGGAAUAAUAAGUAGUGGUACUGAUUGUGGAGGUGCAAGUCCCGGAGUAAACACUCGAGUUGGAUCAUUUAUGGAUUUCAUUUGGGAUCAAAGACCUCAACGAGGAUAUGAGUACUGUGAGGCUGAAUAAUUUGAAAAUAUGUUUUACUGAUAAUAUUCUAAAUAUUAAAUAGUAUUUAAGAAAAUUAAAAAUUAAGUUUGAAGUUUUUGUUGAUAAUAAUUGAAAAUUUAAAUUUUUAUAUUUCUUUUAUAAUAUGACAAUUGUUUUAUGUGUUAAAGUUAUCUCAUUGGUCUAAUAGUAUACUAGCAGUUGAAUUGUUUGUGUUUCCACUUUCUUGACAAGUCAACUCGCAAAGUUUUUCAGCGUCUGAAAUAUUAUAUUAUUUAAAAAGUUCAUAUUUAUAAAUCAAAUUGAACAAUUUGAUUGCGUAUAUUAACUGCAUUAAAAGAUGGAUAAUAAAAAAUAAAAAAUCAAAAAUCAAAUAAGUAAAGAUGAGGAUAAAAAAUAAGAAAAAAUAAUGGAAUCCAGGCAGUUGCCCGGAAUACAAUGAUCGCAGGUUCGAUACUCACUAAGAUCACUAGUUGUUUUUUUCAAGUUUUUAUUUUCUUUUGAAAUUAUUACGAGCUUUCUCCCACACACAUUUGCUUUUGGUGUAACUGAGUCUAUCAAAAAUCUAUCAAAAACUUUAGGUAUCAUAGAUAUUAAAACAAAAUGUCAUAAAAAUGUAAUCACAAUUUCAACAUUUUCACAGUAUAGUUGCAUAUUU